CUCGCAAAUUUUAAAUAGUUGUGAUUUAUUUUGGAAUUUUACCUUAUUUUUAAUAUCCAAAAGGAGAAGUGACGUGGCGAUAUCGAAGCGGUUUAAUGAAGUGAUGGCCCCAUCUUAAAGAAAUCAAUGACCCUUAUCGUUCCACUUCUAUCGGAGUCGGAGUUUUUUUUUGUUGUUGUUGUAUUCCGUACGUCGGUCGUUGUCGGGAGAAUUGGCGCGUGAAAUCCUUGGCUCCGUCGAAUACGUCUGCCUCCGACGGCUGUGAGUCGCAUGAUUGAGUCGUGGGUUUCUCUUGAUGAAGUCUAGAAGUGAAAGUAAGAAUUGUAGGCUUGCACAAGCCUCUAGAGUAGCAGUCAACAAAGUUCUAGACAAAAGCAGCGCCCGUGGCUCUCGAGGCAAGAAGAAGCAAGAUGAUAACUGUGAUUCCGCUAAGCGGGAUAAAGGCGUAAACGGUAAGGGAAAGCAAGCGCUCGACGCAAGAUUGAUUGAUAACGUUCUAGAGGACAGGGGAUGUGGUAAUGUUGAUGAUGAUGAAAUGAAUGAUUCAGACUGGGAAGACUGUCCAAUCCCUAGUCUUGAUAGUACGGUUGAUGAUAAUAAUGUUGAUGACACCAGAGAGCUAACCAUAGAAUUUGAUGAUGAUGUUCCUGAUGCUAAGAAGCAGAAGAAUGCAUACCGUGCAACAGCAGAAGACAAGGUACGGGCGGAACUUGUCCAUAAGGUGCACUUGCUCUGUCUGCUUGCAAGAGGGAGGAUAGUUGACAGUGCUUGUAAUGAUCCCUUGAUUCAGGCUGCCUUGCUUUCACUUCUACCAUCAUACUUGACAAAAGUAUCAAAUCUCGAGAAAGUUACUGUCAAGGAUAUAGCCCCUCUUCUUCGUUGGGUUCGUGAAAACUUUUCUGUUAGUUGUUCUCCCAGUUCUGAGAAAUCUUUUCGUACAUCCCUAGCAUUUGCUCUUGAAUCUCGUAAAGGCACAGCGGAAGAGCUUGCAGCACUGGCUGUUGCUUUGCUUAGAGCAUUAAAGCUCACAACCCGGUUUGUGUCUAUUCUUGAUGUUGCAUCCUUAAAACCUGGGGCCGAUAGGAAUGAAUCAUCAGGUCAAAACAGAGCUAAAAUGAAGCAUGGGAUAUUCAGGACGUCAACACUUAUGGUACCAAAACAGCAGGCCAUCUCGUCAUACCCGAAGAAAUCUUCCUCCCAUGUUAAGAAUAAAAGUCCCUUUGAAAAGCCUCAGCUUGGGAAUCCCCUGGGCUCUGAUCAGGUACAAGACAAUGCAGUCAAUUCAUCUUGUGAAGCAGGAAUGUCCAUAAAAUCUGACGGAACAAGGAGGAAAGGAGAUGUUGAGUUCGAGAGGCAAAUAGCCAUGGCUUUGUCUGCAACUGCAGACAACCAACAGAGCUCUCAAGUGAACAAUACGAAGAAAGUUCGUGAAAUAACAAAAAUAAGUAAUAGCUCGUCAGUUUCUGACCAAGUAAUAUCCACGGCUUUCGGUUCUAAGAAAGUAGAUUCUCCCCUUUGUUGGCUUGAGGUGUAUUGCAAUGGGGAAAACAUGGAUGGGAAAUGGGUCCAUGUCGAUGCUGUUAAUGGAAUGAUAGAUGCAGAGCAAAACAUUGAAGCAGCAGCUGCCGCAUGCAAAACCGUUCUCAGAUAUGUUGUUGCAUUUGCUGCUGGUGGAGCUAAAGAUGUCACUCGCAGGUACUGUACAAAGUGGCACACUAUUUCAUCCAAACGGGUGUCUUCAGUGUGGUGGGAUAUGGUAUUAGCACCGUUAGUACAUCUCGAGUCAGGUGCAACUCACGAUGAAGACAUUGCUCUGAGAAAUUUCAAUGGCCUAAAUCCUGUUUCUAGUAGAGCUUCCUCGAGUAGCUCGUCGUUUGGUAUAAGGAGUGCUCUUGAAGAUAUGGAGUUGGCUACACGGGCGCUGACUGAGUCUCUUCCUACUAACCAGCAGGCUUAUAAAAGUCAUGAAAUAUAUGCUAUUGAGAAAUGGCUUCACAAGAACCAGAUACUUCACCCAAAAGGUCCAGUUCUGGGAUUUUGCUCUGGUCAUCCAGUAUAUCCUCGAACCUGUGUGCAGACUCUUAAAACAAAAGAAAGAUGGCUUCGUGAUGGGCUACAACUUAAGGCGAAUGAAGUUCCCUCAAAGGUUUCCGUGUUUUAUUCUCUCCCUGAUGAUUAUCUUAGUCGUUCCCCUUUUUUUUCGGUUUGAUGAUCAACUCUUGAAGUCCAUUAUUACCUUAGAUUCUUAAGCGAAACUCGAAGUUCAAGAAAGUAAAAGAUUUUGAAGAUGGCGACAACAACAUUAAAGGUGGUUCUUCUUGCAUGGAACUAUAUGGGAAGUGGCAAAUGGAACCAUUGUGUCUCCCUCCCGCUGUUAAUGGAAUUGUGCCCAAGAACGAGCGCGGUCAAGUUGAUGUCUGGUCUGAGAAAUGUCUCCCACCUGGAACAGUCCACUUAAGGUUUCCUCGAAUAUUUGCGGUUGCUAAGAGAUUCGGUAUAGAUUAUGCACCUGCCAUGGUUGGUUUCGAGUACAGAAGUGGAGGUGCUACUCCUAUUUUUGAAGGUAUUGUGGUCUGUACCGAGUUCAAAGACACAAUCCUCGAGGCAUAUGCAGAAGAACAAGAAAAGAAAGAAGAAGAGGAGAGAAGAAGAAAUGAGGCACAAGCAGCUUCGAGAUGGUAUCAGCUUCUUUCGUCUAUCUUAACCCGUGAAAGAUUGAAAAACCGUUACGCUAAUAACUCUAACGAUGUCGAAGCCAAGAGUUUGGAAGUGAAUUCAGAAACAGUCGUUAAGGCAAAGAAUGUGAAAGCACCUGAAAAGCAGAGAGUGGCUAAGAGAGGAGAAAAGUCACGAGUAAGAAAGUCUCGUAAUGAAGAUGAAAGUCAUGAACAUGUGUUUCUUGAUGAGGAAGAAACCUUUGAUGAGGAAACCUCUGUGAAAACGAAACGCUGCAAAUGUGGCUUCUCUGUCGAAGUUGAACAAAUGUAGUUUUGACUUCGUUUACUGGCCCUAGGAGUCUAGCUAGGAGUUUCAUUUGUUUAGAAAAUGAUUUUACAUAAAAUUAGGGUGAUCUAUCUAUUAUUCCACCGAAAAUUUUGAUUUUAAGUCUUAACCACAGAGUUUGACCUUGUUUAAGGAACUACUUAAAACAAAGCUUGCCAAGUUUGAAGGAAA